AUGGAAGGAAAUUUAUUGAGUGGAGAGCAUCUCUAUAACAUUAAAAGACAAAGUGGGAAAACCCAGAUAUGAAGGUACGAUAUAAAGACUUUUGAGAUUAAGCGAUGAUAUCUUUGAACUCGUGAACCGCUUAGCAGAACAACAUGCAUAAUUGAGCUUCCAAACGGUGAACUUUUUUGUUAUGGCAACGAUGACCCUCGAACAGGAAUUUCAUACAUUAUUGAUCUAAAAACAAUGACAGUAAAAAGAAGAGUUUUUGAUGGAGUUCCUUGCUGCAAUGCAGGAGGCCUUUACUUCCAGAAUUCAGUUUUCUUCCUGAGAUCUAUUUAUGGGAAACACCCAUGUACACGCAUGGAUAAGUAUGAUAUAAUUGAAGAUAGAUGGAAAUGUUGUUUUGCUUUCUACAAUGCAAUGCUUAAUUUGUGCUCCUGUACCGUCUUCAAAAACUCUAUCUUAUUUUGUGCAUUAAAUUGAAAAAUCAUCUAUCAAUUUGACAUAAAUAUUAAUAGCUGCUCCGAAAUAUUGUUUAUCGAUGAUUCAGUUAACCAAUUUAAAAUUUUAUUUGCUGGAAAUUCAAGAGCUUAUAUAGCUGUAAAACAAACUGGUAUUUUUGAGAGCGAUUUGGAGAAUCAAUUUGCAUGGCAAAACGUAGGGAAAUUUAAUUGCGAUUUUCAUAUGAAUUAUUGCCUAUUUAAAAAAUUAUUAGGGGACUUUUACUUUCUGAGUUUUUUCGAUUAUUUGGGAUUUAGUUGCUAUAGGUUUGAUUUGAAGACAAAAAAAAUGAACAAGCUUAAGCUAAAAUAUGUUUCAUCAAAAAGUAUUAUUAACUAA